CCUCCCCUCCCUUAUAUAUAUACAUACACAGACAAUGCCACCUUCUCCAGCUGCGACUAUCCUCCUAUACCUGUUCUUUAUAUUCAUCAUCCUCAUCCUUUUGCAUCGAUCCUUCCUCAGCUAUGGUUGUUCCUUCUUCAAAUUCCAUGAGAACCAAGAAAACAAAUGCCGUGAGAAUUCCGACCGUGGACCUUUCCUUGGAAAGGUCAGAGUUAUUGGAAUUGGUGAUAAAGGCCUGCGAGCAAUAUGGUUUCUUCAAGGCGGUGAACCACGGCGUGCCGGAGGAGGUCAUUUCCAGAUUGGAAAAUGAAGGAAUUGAAUUCUUUUCCAAAUCCACCUCAGAGAAGCGACAGGCUGGUCCGGCCGCACCGUUUGGUUACGGUUGUAGAAACAUAGGCCCCAAUGGCGACAUGGGUGACCUCGAGUAUCUUCUUCUUCAUACAAAUCCUCUCUCCAUCUCUGACAGAUCCAAAACAAUCUCCAACGACCCUAACAACUUCAGUUGCGCAGUGAAUGAUUACAUAGAAGCAGUGAGGGAGCUGGCUUGUGAGGUGGUGGAGCUAGUGGCGGAGGGGCUGUGGGUCCCAGACAAGUACGCGGUGAGCAAGCUGAUCAGGGACGCGCAUAGCGACUCGGUGCUGAGGAUCAAUCACUACCCUCCUACCAAGAGCAGCAGCAAGUGGGAGCCAUCGAUUGGGUUCGGGGAACAUUCUGACCCUCAGAUCCUAACGAUCCUACGGUCCAACGAGGUCGGUGGACUCCAGAUCUGCACGCAGGAAGGGCUGUGGAUCCCAGUGGCCCCGGACCCCACCGAGUUCUUCGUCAUGGUGGGCGAUGCCCUCCAGGUGAUGACGAAUGGGAGGCUGAGGAGCGUGAGGCACAGAGUGAUGAGGAGCACGAUAAGGAAAGGAAGAGUGUCGACGAUGUACUUUGCGGCGCCGCCGCCGAGCUCGUGGAUAACUCCGCUGCCGAAGAUGGUGUCAGCUCAGAGGCCGAGCGAGUACAGGCCCUUCACCUGGGCUCACUACAAGCAAGCCGCCUAUUCCCUCCGCCUCGGCCACUCUCGCCUCGAUCUCUUCCGUGCAAAACAUCCCCUCCUUCUAUAGCACUUUUCCCAUCUCUCUCUCUCUCUCACAUUCUCUCUCCGUGUAUUUUUAGGCCUGUGACUUAUAAUUGUACGUAUAUAUUUUUUGUAAUUAAUAUUAUAACAGAUAUUUCCCUCACAAAGACCACCCCGUCUUAAUUACUCUCAUGCUCUUCUUAAUUCGAUCAACUUGCCAAAUACAUUCUUCACAAUUCACUAGUUUGAUCAAUUAUGAAAUUACAGUGACGAAAUUAAAAUGAUUUAAUUCAG